AGAUGGCAUUUCUUGCACUGCACGUGUUGAUUGGGAUAUUUAUUUACUUUAGCAGUGUAAAAGGAUCUUCCCAGCCUCAAGCACGGGUGUUUUUAACAUUCAAUGAGCUGCAAGAAACUAAGACCUCUGAAUAUCACAGAAUAUCCCACAGUCCCCUGGAUUACAGGAUAUUAUUAAUGGAUGAAGAUCAGGAUCGGAUCUACGUGGGCAGCAAAGAUCAUAUUCUGUCUUUGAAUAUUAAUAAUAUAAGCCAGGACCCUCUCAGUAUUUUCUGGCCAGCGUCAGCAAACAAGGUUGAAGAGUGUAAAAUGGCUGGCAAAGAUCCUACACAUGGCUGUGGAAAUUUUGUGCGUGUGAUACAGUCGUACAAUCGUACACACCUGUACGUCUGCGGCAGCGGUGCCUUCAGCCCCGUGUGUGUGUACGUCAACAGAGGACGCAGGUCCGAGGAACAAAUCUUCAAGAUCGACUCCAAGUGUGAAUCAGGAAAGGGACGCUGUUCUUUCAACCCUAAUGUGAACACGGUGUCUGUUAUGAUCAAUGAAGAACUUUUUUCAGGAAUGUAUAUUGAUUUCAUGGGGACGGAUGCGGCCAUUUUUCGGAGUCUGACCAGGAGGAAUGCAGUGCGAACCGACCAGCACAACUCCAAGUGGCUGAGUGAGCCUAUUUUUGUGGAUGCUCAUGUUAUCCCAGAUGGCACUGACCCCAAUGAUGCCAAAAUCUACUUCUUCUUCAAAGAGAGACUCACAGACAACAGUGGCAGCACAAAGCAGAUUCAUUCAAUGAUUGCAAGAAUAUGCCCAAAUGACACAGGUGGUCAGCGUAGUCUCGUCAACAAGUGGACAACAUUCUUGAAAGCAAGACUUGUGUGCUCAGUAAUGGAUGAAGAUGGAACAGAAACGUACUUUGAUGAAUUAGAGGAUGUGUUUCUUUUAGAGACAGACAACCCCAGAACGACACUUGUGUAUGGAAUUUUUACAACAUCAAGCUCCAUAUUUAAAGGCUCAGCUGUGUGUGUGUAUCAUCUAUCUGACAUCCAGACCGUGUUCAAUGGGCCAUUUGCACACAAGGAGGGCCCAAACCACCAGCUGAUUCCAUAUCAGGGCAGAAUUCCGUACCCGCGACCUGGCACUUGUCCAGGAGGAGCCUUCACACCUAAUAUACGGACAACCAAAGAGUUUCCAGACGAUGUUGUGACCUUCAUCAGGAAUCACCCUUUGAUGUUUAAUCCCAUUUACCCAAUACACAAGAGGCCAUUAAUCAUCCGGAUAGGAGCCGACUACAAGUAUACAAAGAUUGCUGUGGAUCGAGUGAAUGCUGCUGACGGAAGGUAUCAUGUCUUGUUUCUUGGAACAGAUCAAGGAACCGUACAAAAAGUUGUUGUCCUACCCACCAACUUCUCUGCAAGUGGAGAACUCAUUUUAGAAGAGCUGGAGGUUUUUCAGAGUAAUUCUCCUAUAACGACAAUGAAGAUUUCAUCUAAAAAGCAACAGCUGUACGUGAGCUCAGAUGAAGGGGUCACCCAGGUAUCCUUGCAUCGCUGCCACAUCUACGGGACCGCCUGCGCCGACUGCUGCCUCGCCCGAGACCCCUACUGUGCCUGGGAUGGAAACUCCUGCUCCAGGUUUUAUCCCACAGGGAAAAGGAGGAGUCGUAGGCAAGACGUGAGACAUGGAAAUCCUCUGACUCAGUGCCGAGGUUUCAACCUGAAAGCAUACAGAAAUGCUGCAGAAAUAGUUCAGUAUGGAGUAAAAAACAACACCACCUUUCUCGAAUGCACCCCCAAAUCUCCUCAGGCUUCUAUUAAGUGGCUGCUACAGAAAGACAAUGACAGGAGGAAAGAGGUCAAGCUGAAUGAGAGGAUCAUAGCUACUGAGCAAGGACUCCUCAUUCGCUCUGUCCAAGACAGCGACCGGGGGCUUUACCACUGCAUCGCAACAGAGAACAGCUUCAAGCAGACCUUAGCAAAGAUCAAUUUCAAAGUGUUGGAUUCAGAGAUGGUGGCCUUCAUGACUGACAAGUGGUCCCCUUGGACCUGGGCCAGCUCGGUGCGAGCACUGCAGUUCCACCCAAAAGACUUUGUGGGAGCUUUCAGCCACUCAGAAAUGCAGAUGAUUAACCAGUACUGCAAAGACAGUAGACAGCAAGGUCAGCAGAGGGAAGAAUCUCAGAAGAUGAGAGGGGACUACAGCAAACUAAAGGCCCUUAUCAAUAGCAGGAAAAGUAGAAACAGAAGGAAUCAAUUACCUGGAUCUUAAUUUUAUUUUGUAGUAAUAGAUAUCUUUGUCCUCACUGUAGGGGACUUAUAUUUGUCUAUUGAGAACAAAUUUGAGCAAAUCUGAUAAAAAAUUAAAUAAAAAUCCAACAAGCCUCAGAAAAGAUCCAUCUCCCAAUAAAAUGCAGUGUAACUUAACUAAAGAAAAUAAUUGAGAGCAUUUUCUUUCCUAGAUGCUUGCUGACACUAGGUUGGGCUCUGUCCUAGAAGCAAAACGGGGUAUUCAUCUUAAACCAGGUUCACCUUUAACAUGCAAGUAUUUAAUUACAGCUGAAUAGAAAUUUUUACAAAGUCAAUGCAUUAUCUUGCAACUCUGGAACUGUACCAACCAGACUGGUGGUGAAAGAAUCUGGGUUAAGAUGCAUGCUCAAAGUAGGAUGGUACUAAGAUUUCCUUGCACUGCAUUUGAGAACA